AUGGAAUUUGAUGAUACUCCAUAUCAAGUACAACAGAUCCAAGCCAGGAGCAGAGAUCAAAAGGUAUCUGCAGUAGAUAGGGAUCAAAUUGAAAAACAAAGACUUGCUCAGCGUCAUGAAUGUUUUCAGAGAUAUCCACAAUAUGAUGAUCUUGUUAAACCCGAUCCAAAAGCAUCAUAUGCUAUUAAUGAUGCGGAACGUUUUAACAGAGAUUAUAUUGCAGAUCAAAAAGCUCAAAAACAAGCGGCCUACGAUAUGACAUGGAAACGAGCAGCACACAGGCAAAAACAACAAGAAGAAUAUGAAAAAGCAAUUGAAGCACGAAGAAUUCAAGAAGCUGAAGAUGAAAAAAAGAGAUCUGAAGUAAAUGGAAAGCAUGAUUUAAACGAAGAGUCUGUUUUAUAUAAUCCUGUCACAAAUGCAGCACCAGAUACAACAACAGAGCGUGGAACAAUGCUCAUGACACAAGAUACACAAAAAACAAUGCGCCGCGAAGCAAGAGCAAAGCGAAUUUACCAUGCAUCAAACUCAAAUCAGUAUAAUCCUAUAACCGGUGAAUUAAGAGAAAACUGGUAA